AUGGAAAACAAACCGGAACGGCAAUUAGAGGCAGUCAAUAAGGUUUAUAACAUCACGUCGUUUCCAAACCAUCAGGGGUUAUAUUUCAAACACCAUGGUCCAGUAAAAGUGACUCGCCUCAGUUGGGAUCUAGUAGCUUAUAUUGACCUAGCAACUCCAACUUCUAAAUUUUCGGUAAUAAAGUCACGGUAUGAAGAUACCGUGGAGAUCUGUAAGCAGGUGACCGAGCGAUUCUGA